ACACCAGCGCCAUUCUUCCUACGUAUUCGAAAUCAGUUGUAUCCUUUCCGGACGAGUAAAUAUUUAAAAACUUGAAGAUUAUAAGAAUGUUUCUAUUUAAUUCAAGAAAUAUAAGAUUCAUAAAUAUAUGUAGAAGAUACUAUUCAACAAAUCGACCCAUUGGUGUAUUCGGUGCCCCUUUUAAUAAAGGUCAAAUUAUCUUAAAUAUUUGAUAUUACAAAACACAAAUAAGAGUCGAAAAUAUUUUGGUAAGUACUAAAGAAAGUGAUAAAUUUUAUUAUAGUAAACAGGUAACGAUAUAUAGUUGUUUUUAUAUCGAAGAGAAUUUCGCAAUAACUCAUUAUGUAAUCUAACGAUAAUUUUAAAAACAGAGAAUAAAAUUUUGAUAAAAAUUGAUUAUUAUCUUAAUGAAUCUUAUAUUUUUAUUAUGUUGUGCUGUGAGUUUUAUUUAUAUAAAAAGCACCCUUCUUUCUUUUACUACAGUUUGUUACUUAUUCAAUACAAAAGUAUAUUCUUAUAUAACACUUUCAUUUUGAACUAUUCACUAUUGAACUGGAAGAGAGAGUUCUUAUUUAUACUGUUGCAAUUUUAAAUUGUACUUAAAUUAGGCUAUAACGAACUUUUCACUUUCUUUCUAACUUUCUAUUUUCUUGAAAAUCUUCCAAUUAAAUUAUACUGUUCUAACCUGGAGAAAAAGAACGCUUAGUGUGACUAAUAAAUUCCCCUAAUCUAUUAUUAAUGAAAUACAAGCUAUUAGAAUUAAAUAGAGUACAUUUUCAGCCAAGACCAGGAGUUAAGUAUGCUCCAGAAGCUUUGAGAAAUGUGAAUCUCAUAAAGAACUUGUCAUUAAUGGGUCACGAAGUUAUUGACCAUGGCGAUCUAAAAUUUGAAGCUGUACCCAAUGAUACAGCAAUCUACAAUAUACAAACACCUAGGACAAUUGGAAAAGCUGCAAAACAGGUAGAGAAAAAACUUCAAAUUCAAUUAACUUUCGCAUUGCGCAGAUUCGAAUUUAGGAAAGUGCCUUUUCGAGUAUAUUGUCUUCUUUCAUUUCAAGACAUAAAAAUAAAAAGAAAUAGACUCUAAACUGUUGGCCAGAUAGGUUUUGACAUAUUUAAUUAGUAGUCUUAUUGUAGGGUCAAUUUACGGUUGAGAUGAUAAGCCUGAAAAUAGGGUCUACAAGCUUUAAUUAACUAAAAAUAUUUUCAUGACAUUGGUACAGAUAUCCGAUAAAGUUGAAGAAAUAUUAAGAUGUGGUCAAACUGUAGUCACUUUAGGAGGGGAUCAUAGUAUGUCUGUUGCUACAAUACAUGGCCACGCGAAGGUCGAAAAUGAUUUAGCUAUUAUUUGGAUUGAUGCACAUCCAGAUAUCAAUACUCCUUUAACAUCUGCUAGUGGGAAUAUUCAUGGCAUGCCACUAUCUUUUCUAACUAAGGAGCUUCAACCAUACGUACCAAAAUUACCGGGUUUUGAGUGGUUAAAACCAUGCAUAAGCGUAAAGGACAUCGCUUUUAUAGGAGUGAGAGACAUUGAUAAAGCUGAAAGAUACAUUAUCGACAAAUACAAUAUUACUACGUUUACUAUGCGAGAUAUUGACAAACUCGGUAUGGAAUGCGUUCUAGAAAGAACCAUAGAAGCAAUAAAUCCAACGCUGAAUAAGAAAAUUCAUAUGAGUUUUGAUAUUGAUUCACUUGAUCCUGCAUUUGCUCCAAGUACUGGAACACCAGUACCCUAUGGACUGAGUCUUCGCGAAGGUAUGUUUCUUGUGGAGGAAAUCGCGUUAACAAAUAAAGUUACUGGAAUUGACUUAGUCGAAAUAAACCCUGAUCUUGGCUCUCAACGAGACCAAUUUACCACGAUUUCUGCUGCGGCUGAGGUUCUCUACGCCUUCUUUGGAAAGAGAACUAAAACCCAACUUCCUUCUGACUACGUACUGCCUAAACCAUAACUGACUGAAAGUGAAAAAUGUAAAAACUUUAGCGGGGCUAAUAAAUUUUUGUUCAACUUUAUUUAAAAUUACAAGAACUUUCACAUUGUAACAAUACUUAAAGAUAUGCAAUUCAUAUUCUUUCACUUUACAGUCCGUUAUCUGAUUAGGAAUAUCUUCUUAAUAGUAUUAGACAAACACUAGACGAAUCUUGUUCACCAAGGAUAAAAAAUUUCGAAUUUACAGUCGUUCUUACGGAUUAUACUACUGAAUCGGUUUAUUGUAUACAAAGGCUAAGAUUAAAUAUAAUCGACAAGGAUAAUGGAAAUAUUCAUUUAAAGUAUUUAUUGAACGGGGAUAUACUUAAAAAAAGAGAAAAUCCUUUAUCCAUAAAAUAGAUUUAUGAAUGAACACAAACCCAGUCAAUGAGCGAUUUUGACUUAUUUAGCGAUUUAUAGUAAGGGUAUAAAAAAUUUAGUAGAUUAUUCAUAUAUAAAAAUAUUAAGAAUAAUUUACUUAUGUCGAAUAAAU